AUGAUUCGAUGGAAGCAUGGUGACAGACACACUGCCAUCUACUAUAAGCCCAGGAAAGAGAUCAAGGCACACUGUGCGGCUGCCACCACCAAUUAUAGCUCUAUACGGAGUUUAACCUGCCCCUGGACGGGUUUUGGUUAUCGAGCGAUCAAGGUUCAUCUCAUCAAUCCCAUGAAAAUCAUGUUUGUUAUGAUAAUCUAUUGGUAUUCCCAAAUCAAAAUGCAAAGAACGCCUGCGCUGCACCCCAUAAGAACGAUAUGA